AUGCCGCCCAAGUCACUCGUCACCACACUACGCGAUCGCUACCUCAACACCAUUCGCUCCGUACAACCACCGUCAAGAUGGAAGGUCCUCGUCGUCGACUCGUUCACCAAGGAGCUUCUCAACUCGGUCCUCAAGAUGUACGACAUUCUCCAGGAAAAUGUAGCACAGGUCGACAACAUUGAGCUCUCCCGAGCUCCCCAGUCCACCCUCGAGGCAUGCUACCUCCUUACGCCGACCAGCCAAAAUGUCGACCGCAUCAUCCGCGAUCUCGCUCCAUCCGAGCCCGGAAGGCAACCCACCUACGCUGCAGGUCAUGUCUUCUUCGUAGACAGCCUCUCGGAUGCACUCGUACACAAGCUCACCUCCUCGCCAGCCGAACCCAAGCUGAGGCAGCUCAUCGAGCUCUAUACAAACUUCUGGGCCGUUGAAGCACAGUCCUUCUCGCUCAAAUCUCCCCAAAGCUUCCUCAACCUCUUCCAGCCCCUGGGAGGGCUGUACGGUCCAGACCCCAUGGAAGCCAUGCGCGCGAUUGAGGAAGAGCUUCAAUUCUCCACACAGGCCAUCCUCAACGUCUGUGUCACACUCAACGAGUUCCCUUUGAUCCGGUACUACAAUCCGUCGCAUCCACCACUCGGUCCACUUCAGCCAUCCAAGGAUGCUGUCAAAUCGCAAACCGCUGCUGCAAACAUUUACCAGGGCAGUGCACGCAUGGCGCGGCUACGAGGCACCAACAAUGACUCUGGCCUCCCCGGCGCCGGUUCUGAUGGUCCCGCCGUGGGUGAACAUUUCACCAAGAAGCUCGCCUUCCGUGUUCAAGCCGCCAUCGACCAGUACAUUCGCGACAAUGAACCCAAGGUCGAGUCGAGCAGGCCUCGCGGUGUUCUCUUCAUCACAGACAGAUCCAUGGACACGGUCGCUCCUUUCCUGCACGAGUUCUCCUACCAAGCCAUGUGCAACGAUUUGCUACCCAUUCAAGACGGCUUGCGGUACCACUACACUUUCUACACUUCCGACGGCGAGCGCGAAGAAAAGGAAGCCGUCCUCUCGGACGAGGACAAUGUCUGGACCGGCAUCCGUCACUUGCACAUCGCCGAAGCCAUCGACAAGCUCACCAAAGACUUCAAGCAGCAUGCUGGCGACCAAGGCGCUUUCGCCGACCCCAACUCGUCGCUCAACGACAUGCGCGACAUGCUCGCCUCGUUGCCCCACAUGCAAGAGAUGAAGGACAAGCUAUCCCUGCAUCUCACCAUGGCACAGGACUGCAUGAACAGAUUCGAAAAGUCCAAGCUCCCCGCCCAAGCCAUGGUUGAGCAGAACUGCGCCACGCGCCUCACUCCCGAAGGCCAAAAGCCAAAAACACUCGUCGAAGAGAUGGUGCCCCUGUUAGAUGACAGGAGCAUUUCCAACAUGGAUAAGGUGCGCAUCAUCGCGCUGUACAUCAUGUAUUGUGAUGGCGUCCCCGACGAAGACAGGAAGAGGCUGUUCCAACAUGCUCGGUUGGGGCGGUACGAGAUGGAGGCGGUGGACAACUUGGUGCACUUGGGGACGCAGGUGGUGAAGGAUCCGUCGAGUUCCGGCUGGGAUGUGUUUUUUAAGAAGGGCAAACGCAAGCAGCAACCUGGCGAGAACGAGUUUGAGCUCAGCAGGUACCAGCCGCUCGUCAAGCUCAUGGUGGAGGAUCAUUUUGCGGGCAGGCUCGAGCAGGCUACGUAUCCGUACGUCCGCGAUGCGCCGCCGGAGACCGCGACAGGGGGGCUUUCGCUGCCCGUCCAAACAUCCGCUCUUGCUCGGGUCGGGUUGGGCGGUGCUUCGGCAGGGAGCAGCAGCGGCACUUCCAGCGCAGCAGCGGCGGGCGGGGCGGGUAGGACGCAGCCGAGCAGCCUGCGCAGCGCAAAGCCCACAUGGCACCAGAAAGCGAGGGGCGGCAGCAACGUCGGCAUCGAGAGGCUCGAGAACCGCCAGAGGGUGCUGCUGUUCUUAGCGGGCGGGAUGACAUACAGCGAGAUGCGCAGUGCGUACCAGAUGAGCGACAGGUUGGGCAAGGAUGUGUACAUCGGAUCUUCGCAUACGUUUACGCCGGAGUCGUUUGUCGAAGUGUUGAAGCUUUUCGGCAAGGCAGGGGCGAGGGAGGCUGCGUCGCGCGGAGCUGGGGGCCAUCCCCACCACCACCACCAGCAUCAUCACCAGCAGCAGCAGCAGGAGCGGGAACGGGAGCAGCAGGCGAGGCUACCAGCAGGCGCGUCGAAGCUUUCCAAACCGCUCAACGAUCGCAGUGCGAUCCGGACGGCGUCGCUGCAGCACGGUGCGUUCCGGGAUGGUCAGGGGAAUGGCGAGCAGCAUCACACGGGCUAUGCGUCCCCGAUCUCGCCCAUCGACCAGUCGGCGUACGACCGCAGGUUCCAGUCCCGCGUCCCGCCGUCGCAACCUCAAGCUCAGCAACACGCGCACCCGGCCACGGUAAAGCAGCAGCAACAGCAGGCGUCGAGCAUCCCCCCGCACCUCGCGGCGGAAAGUGGGGCAGGGAAUGGUGCAAUAGGCAGGAGCGCAAGCCCCUCGCCCAGCCAGACGUCGGAACUGAGUAUGAGGAGCAAGGAGAAGAAGCGGCUAAAGAAUGUUUUCGGGUUCAAAAAGUGA